AUGUUUCGAACAGCACCCCGAUUGCUUGCGCACCCAGCGGCACGCGCUGCGCCACUGCGUUUCGUUGCGCCCGCAAGACGAUUCCUCAGCACAGCUCCGCCCACACAAAAGUCGAGAAGUUGGAAGAGUCUGAUGGCACGAUUCGGCAUCGCGGGUGGCAUACUAUACUACUACAACACAGUGGAUAUCUUUGCGGAGGAGCCAAGGCAUGCUCUGCAACCGGUGCCAGGAACCGAGGUCGAGACCCAACAUCUCCCCACUAUCGAAUCCAUCUCAGAAGAGCGCAAGAGGCGCCAGGCUGUACAAGCGCAAUUGGAGGCACAACAGCAGAAGGAAGCAGCACGUGCACAACAGAAUGCGCAGGCAUCAGGUGGUGAGGGUGGCAUUGAGGGCCUAGAAGAGGAGGCAGAUCAGCAGGGAGCGUUCAACCCGGAGACGGGAGAGAUCAACUGGGAUUGCCCCUGCCUCGGCGGUAUGGCGACUGGGCCAUGUGGCGAGGAGUUCAAGGCGGCAUUUAGCUGUUUUGUGUACUCUCAGGAAGAGCCCAAGGGGAUGGACUGUAUCGACAAGUUCAAGGGAAUGCAAGAUUGCUUCCGCCAAUACCCCGAAAUCUACGGCUCGGAAAUCGACCCCGAGGAGGGCGACGAGGAUGAUAUGGCCGCUGACCUCGCAAGCUCUGAAUCUGCGCCUGGCUCCUCAAGCAACAGUGGCUCGCCAUCUGCCUCCGAUGUCUCCUCAGACGCACAAACAGCACCCUCUGCAACACAGCCCCACAGACUAUCUGGCGAACAGGUUCGCCCAGGUCCCCACUCCGCAGAGAAGGUCGAAGCCAACCGUCGUGAGCUUGGCCUUGUACCCGAAAACUACCAGCCCAAUGCCAUGAAGGAUGCUUCGGGCGCGAAUGGCGCUGAGGACAGCACAAAGAAGAAUUGA